AGGCCAAUAUGGCUUCCCGCACCUGGUGACGGUUGAAGAAACUGUUAGGUCUCAUGGAGAAGCCCCGGGGCGUCGAGGAGACUUCAGAACCAAUGGAAGAGGAAGAGGAAGAUGAUGACUUGGAGCUCUUUGGUGGCUACGACAGUUUCCGGAGUUAUAACAGCAGUGCGGGUAGUGAGAGCAGCUCCUACCUCGAGGAGUCAAGUGAAGCAGAAAAUGAGGAUCGGGAAGCAGGGGAGCUGCCCACCUCCCCCUUGCAUUUGCUUAGCCCUGGGACUCCCCGCUCCGUGGAUGGCAGUGGUUCUGAGCCAGCUGUCUGUGAGAUGUGUGGUAUCGUGGGUACGAGGGAAGCCUUCUUCUCCAAGACCAAGAGAUUCUGCAGUGUCUCCUGUUCUAGGAGCUACUCCUCCAACUCCAAGAAAGCCAGUAUCUUGGCUAGAUUACAGGGAAAACCACCUACCAAGAAGGCCAAAGUCCUACACAAAGCUGCCUGGUCUGCCAAAAUUGGAGCCUUCCUCCAUUCCCAAGGGACAGGACAACUCGCAGAUGGGACACCAACAGGGCAGGACGCGCUGGUCUUGGGUUUUGACUGGGGGAAGUUCCUGAAGGAUCACAGUUACAAGGCUGCUCCUGUCAGCUGCUUUAAACACGUCCCACUCUAUGACCAGUGGGAGGAUGUGAUGAAGGGGAUGAAGGUGGAGGUGCUCAACAGCGAUGCUGUGCUCCCCAGCCGUGUGUACUGGAUCGCCUCGGUCAUCCAGGCGGCAGGGUACCGGGUGCUGCUCCGCUAUGAAGGCUUUGAAAAUGACGCCAGCCAUGACUUCUGGUGCAACCUGGGGACUGUGGAUGUCCACCCCAUCGGCUGGUGUGCCAUCAACAGCAAGAUCCUGGUGCCCCCGCGGACCAUCCAUGCCAAGUUCACUGAUUGGAAGGGCUACCUCAUGAAACGGUUGGUGGGCUCCAGGACGCUUCCCGUGGAUUUCCAUAUCAAGAUGGUGGAGAGCAUGAAGUACCCCUUUCGGCAGGGCAUGCGGCUGGAGGUGGUGGACAAGUCCCAGGUGUCACGGACCCGCAUGGCUGUGGUGGACACGGUAAUCGGGGGUCGCCUACGGCUUCUCUACGAGGAUGGCGACAGCGAUGAUGACUUCUGGUGCCACAUGUGGAGCCCCCUGAUCCACCCAGUGGGUUGGUCAAGGCGUGUCGGCCAUGGCAUCAAGCUGUCAGAGAGGCGCAGCGACAUGGCCCACCAUCCCACUUUCCGGAAGAUCUACUGUGAUGCUGUUCCUUAUCUGUUCAAGAAGGUUCGAGCUGUCUACACAGAAGGUGGUUGGUUUGAGGAGGGGAUGAAACUGGAAGCCAUUGACCCCCUGAAUCUGGGCAACAUCUGCGUGGCAACCAUCUGCAAGGUCCUCCUGGAUGGCUACCUGAUGAUCUGUGUGGACGGGGGGCCCUCCACAGAUGGCUCAGACUGGUUCUGUUACCAUGCCUCUUCCCACGCCAUCUUCCCAGCCACCUUCUGCCAGAAGAAUGACAUUGAGCUCACACCCCCAAAAGGGUAUGAGGCUCACACUUUCAGCUGGGAGACCUACUUGGAGAAGACCAAGGCGAAAGCAGCUCCAUCAAGACUCUUCAACACGGACUGCCCCAACCAUGGUUUCAAGGUGGGCAUGAAGCUGGAGGCUGUGGACCUCAUGGAGCCCCGGCUCAUCUGUGUGGCCACUGUGAAGCGGGUGGUGCACCGUCUCCUCAGCAUCCACUUUGAUGGCUGGGACAGCGAGUAUGACCAGUGGGUAGACUGUGAGUCCCCGGACAUCUACCCCGUCGGCUGGUGUGAGCUCACCGGCUACCAGCUCCAGCCUCCCGUGGCCACAGAGCCCACCACGCCUCUGAAAGCCAAAGAGGCCACAAAGAAGAAAAAGAAACAGUUUGGGAAGAAAAGAAAAAGAAUACCACCAACCAAGACCCGGCCCCUCAGACAGGGGUCCAAGAAGCCCCUGCUGGAGGACGACCUGCAGGCGGCAGAGAAGAUCUCGUCGGAGCCCGUUCCUGAUGAGAUCAUUACCGUGCGUGUAAAGGAAGAGCAUCUCGACGUGACCACGCCUGACAAGGCCCCGAGUCCAGAGCUGCCCGUUCCCAUCGAGAACAUCAAACAGGAGACAGACGACUGAGACUUCCUCGCUGCCUGCCCAGCCGCCCAGCUGGCAGCCAGCCCAGGGUGCCUCGACUGCCACCACCCCUCCACCCCACUUUCCUCUGGAGACUGA